AUUGUCCCGUCGGAAGCGUCCCGGGCCAAGCAUGGCGGACGCCGAGGUGCUGCUCCGGCGGGUCCCGAGCCGCUCCUCCUGGCAGCGGGCUCGCAAGGCCCGGCCCCACCUCCUCCUCAGCCGUCGGGGCCGUCGCCGGUUCGGAGUCCUGACCCGGGGCGAGCUGCGGCGCCUGCGACGGCGGCUGCUGCGGGCCCACGCGUUGGGCGGCGAUUGGAAGCUCGGCGUCGCGGCGGCGGCGGCGGCGGGGGCCGCGCCGGCGGCCUCCAAGUGCAAGGCUCGGCCCCGCGGGCGGCCCACGCCGGACACCCGGCCCGCACCCCGCCCCGAGCCCGAGCCCGCGCCGGACACCCGGCCCGCGCCCCGCCCCCGGCCCGCGCCCCGUCCCCGGCCCGAGCGCCCGCCGCCGCUCCGGCACUCGAACAUCACCCAGCCCACGCGGGACCUCGGCUCGGGCCGCGUGCUGCUGCUGCUGCCAACCGGGGAGGGUUUUACUUUUAGUGGGAUCUGCCGCGUGACUUGCAUCUAUGGCCAGGUGGAAAUAUACGGCCAUAUCAUCAAACAAGGCCAGCCUGCCAGAGAUGUUUAUUCUACCUACACCCACUCCUACCUGACCAUCAAUGGGGUUCAGUACCCAGAACCUGACAAAAGCGAGAAGGAGACCAGGAGAGAGAUCCGGGCUCUGCUCAAGCCCCACAUGAAACUGGAUGACAGAAACUGGGCCAUACAGAAUUUCCCUCCCCUGGGUUCCAUGGUGCUGCUGGAACAGCUGAGGACGCCUGCCGUAGAUUUCAUGAGCUUCUAUGCCUGCGCGUCCUAUGUCUUCCUGCAGGAGAAUACUCCUGUACGGACAAAUGCUGAGUACUUCCUUUUGAAGAAGAUUGGCCUCAGAAGACAGAGGAAAAAGAAAGGGAUCUGCUUUAGUGAGAGUGGCCUUUGUGCCAUGGAAGAGCUGGUCAGCGUGUGCUGCGAUGGCUGCCCUGUGAUCCUGUUGUGUGGCGCUUGUGACAUUGGAAAGUCGACGUUCAGUAGAAUACUGAUUAACCAGCUACUGAAUAGCCUUCCCGGGGUUGACUAUCUGGAGUGUGAUCUGGGGCAGACGGAGUUCACUCCUCCUGGCUGUGUUGCUUUACUGAACAUCACAGAACCGCUUCUGGGACCACCUUUCACUCACCCGCGGAGGCCACAGAAGAUGGUCUAUUACGGGAAGAUGAGUUGUCACAACGACUAUGAGAAUUACAUUGAGAUGAUAAAAUAUGUGUUCAGAGAUUACAAGAGAGAGUCUCCACUUAUCAUCAACACGAUGGGCUGGGUGAAAGAUGAGGGGCUGCUGCUGCUGGUUGACCUGAUCCGAGUGCUGUCCCCCAACUAUGUCGUUCAGUUGUCGGGCCGGGGCAGAACAAUGUCUGCUCUGACCUCCGAAUAUGUAGAGCUCACAGAUGGCCUGUAUACAAAAAGCAAGACCAAAAGGAGACAUCGGGGUUUCGAAAUUGAAGAGUUUGGAGACAGUUUAGAAUUGACUGACGAAGACAAAGACUGUUGUCCAGUCCCAGCUUUCACGGGACAUAAGCUGAUAGCUGUUCACUCAGAAUUUAUAUGUGAUAAAAAUGAGAAAAACAGGGCCAAAUACAACAAAAUUUUUCGAGAUCUGGCAGUGUUGGGCUACCUUAGCCAGAUGAUGCCGCCUGUGCCAGGGCCGCUUACGCCUUUGCACAGCCUGACUCCCUAUCAGGUCCCCUUCAAUGCGGUUGCUCUCCGGAUCACCCAUGCUGAUGUUGCCCCUUCCCACAUACUGUGUGCUGUGAACGCCAGCUGGGUUGGCCUUUGCAAGAUCGUGGAUGACAUGAAAGGAUACACUCGGGGUCCCAUCCUGCUUGCACAGAAUCCCAUAUGUGACUGUCUGGGCUUUGGCAUCUGCAGAGGCAUCGACAUGGACCAGCGUCUGUAUCACAUCCUCACCCCUUUGCCUCCAGAAGAGUUGAAAGCUGUGAACUGUCUGCUGGUUGGCGCCAUUCCCAUUCCACAUUGUAUUUUCAAGAAGCAGCCUGGGCCCGAAGGGACAAUUCCUUACGUGACCACAGAUUAUAACUUAAAACUUCCUGGAGCAUCAGAGAAGAUUGGAGACAGAGAGUAUGAACAUUCAUUCCUUGGAUACAAAUCCUAUAAGAGAAAAUAAAGCCUCAAUAGGAUGGACAGAGGCUCCUUGUCCUCAAGCCCAGAGUCGGCAGCCUCAGCGGGGCUUCGUGGCUGAGAACAAAGUCAGGACCAGUUUCAUGGGACUGGAAAAUGUGCUGAGAGCAGACAGCUCCAGACUCCGGUUUUCUUUUCCCUCUAAGACACCUUGAAGCUCACACUCGGGGUCUUCCUGUCUCCGUCACCCAAGUGUGGCGUUACCAUUACAGGCCUGUGUCUUCACACCCAGCUUUCAGGCUUUUCUCUGCAGUUGUUUAAUGCAAACUUGGCCUCUUUGUGACUAGCCCUCCUGGGUGAGCGGAGUGUGUCCUGAAGAGCCGUGAAGCAGUGAGGACAGCUGUGCCCCCUGACCAGAUGGGACUAGCACGACCUCUCAGUUCCAGAAGGACCUGACUAUUGGAAUCAAAAUAAAAUUAGGGAAUCUGGAGCCACAGAAAAAUGUGCCAAGAAACAAGGCAACAGGCUGACCCUCCCAGCGCUCAGGCUCAGUGCACAGGCUGCUCGGGUCCUGAGGAAGCUGAGGGGACCUGAGUGAGAGUCGUCGCAUGGUCCUGACCAUUUAGGUGACUCACAUGCCUGAUCCCUUGAUGCCAUUGACUCCCAAUCGUGUAGUCAAGUGUUAGCAGAUUGUGUUUGCUCUUUUAGCUUUUUGGUCAUUUUAAUCAUGAGACUUUUGUGUUGAAGAAGCUGCUCUGACAUCCAGAGAGCCUCCAGACUGUUCCUACGGCCAGUGUUUGCUCUGACUGACUCCUCCGUUGAGGCUGGACACAUUGCCACGGGUCCACCAGUCUGUGCACAGACAUAUUUGUGCCUGGCUUGGGCAAAUCUCUGCUACCAGCGCUUUCUUCUGGGGACCUAGAGGCCACUGCAGGUGCCAUUUUUUUUUUUCCAGUGGAUUUUGUAAUUAGAAGUGACUGGGUCAGACCCUUUUUGUGCUUGAGAGACCAGCCACUGAGGAACUUCUCAGGUUGGCAUGACCGACACGUCAGGACUCCACCUCCCAGUGGGAUCAUGUUCGAGGCUGUGGAAGGUUGAGUCUUCGUGUUCACAUACACCACCUUGUCUGUAACCACCUCAGUGUGCCCCAUGUUGUCUGCUUGGCCCAGUCUGUGUGACUCUUCAUGGUGGCCUCAGCAUCUGAAGACCCCAUCACGAGAGAGAGAACUGCAGCAGCCUGUUUGGUCUGAAGCCCUGUAGACCACUGAAGGACUCACUCACCAGCUGUUCCUUAUUUAUAUCUCGUGUUACCUUGUGUUGUCUCUGUCUGGUGGGGAAGGGUCUCCUCUCCCUGAGGUGUGACUGUCUGUGCCAUCAUUGGUCUGCAUCCCCCACAUCUUCCUGUCUUUUCCAGAAUAAAGGUCCUGAAACGCA